GUUGCAGAGACGCGCCGAUCACUCCAUCAAACUUUUUCCAGGAGCACUGUUCUUGUCCUCCCCUCCCGCCUUCCCCUCUCCAUGACUGCCGUCGCCCCUUCCAAAAAGCGGAAGCAUGCCGCCGAGCCUGCUUCCGAGGCCUUCAAUGACUCCACCGCGCUCGAGAUGCUAAGCGACGAAGAGGACGCCCAAUCUGUACACUCAGACGAUGGCGAGGUGGACAACUUCCCCGAGAUCGACGCAGGCAGCGACAGCUCCGACGACGAGUCGUAUCUCGAGGGAUCUGAAGAUGAAGACGAGGACGAUGAGGAGGAACUCACUGAGGGGACCUCCGCCUCAGACGACGACGAAGAGCUGCACAUCUUCCCCAAGGCGAAGACAGUGACUUCUGAGAUCACUGGCCAGCCGAAGCGCGUUUACCCAGAGAUCGAACCGGACUACGACUCGGAUUCCUCCACUGAAGAUACACCAAAUCGCGUCGGCAAUGUGCCUAUGCACUGGUACGAUGAUCUCCCCCACAUUGGCUAUGAUAUCAACGGGAAGCGCGUUCUGCGUCCUGCGAAGGGCGAUGAGCUUGACAAGUUCCUGUCCACGGUAGAGGACCCAUCAGCAUGGACGUCCGCCUUCGACAAGAACACGCAAAUGGACAGACCCUUGACCGACGAGGAGCUCGACAUCAUUCGCCGCCUACAAGCAGGCGAGAAUCCUGACGCCGAAUAUGACCCCUACGAACCCACCGUCGAAUGGUUUACCGGCAAGGGCAAGGAGGAAGUUAUGCCCCUCUCCGCCGCCCCCGAGCCCAAGCGGCGCUGGAUCCCCUCCAAAUGGGAGAAAAAGAAGGUCAUGAAAAUCGUGCGCGCCAUCCGCGAGGGCCGCAUCGUGCCCAACAAGCCCAAGGCGAGCAACAAAAUGGAGUUCUACAACAUCUGGGCAUCGGAGCCCAGCACCUCGCAGCCGCCGCUCCCCGCGCCGAAGCCGCGCCUGCCGACGAAUGCCGAGUCGUACAACCCGCCGGAGGAGUACCUGCCCACGGAUGCGGAGCGCGCGGAGUGGGAGGCGCAGGACCCAGAGGACCGCGAGCGCGACUUCUUGCCGCAGAAAUACUCGUCGUUGCGCCAUGUGCCGGCGUACGAUCAGUUCAUGAAGGAGAGAUUCAACCGGCAGCUCGACCUUUACCUCGCCCCGCGCAUACAACGCGUCAAGCUCAAUGUCGACCCGAGCUCGCUCAUACCGAAGCUGCCCAGCCCGAGCAGCCUCAAGCCAUUCCCGAACUAUCGCUCGUUGCGACUCGAACACUCGAAGCGCGCAAGAUGUGUCGCCGUUAGCCCUGAUGGCGCUUGGGUCGUCAGCGGCGACGAAGCAGGCGUUGUCAGUCUCUGGGAACCCACCGUCGGUCGCGAGGUCGUGCGCUGGACUCUCGAUGGUCGCAUCGGCGCCGUCGAAUGGUGUCCGCGCACCGACGUGUCGUACUUUGUGGCAACAACAGAGGAAACUUUGCACUUCUUCAUCCCGCCACAUCUGUCAGCGCCGGUGCUUGCUGCUACACAGGUUUUGUUAGCACCGUCGACGCUUCCCCCCGCACCCGCCACCCCAUCACCCGUCAAGUGGUCCUCCGCCUCGCUCAGCGCUUGGACUCACAACAAGGCCAUCCUCACCGUCCGCCUCCCGCCCACCUCCUCCCUCCCCAAGCAGCUCGCCUGGCACCGCCGCGGCGACUACCUCGCCACCGUCUCCGGCACCGGUCCCCAGGGCGGCGUCUGGGUCCACCAGGUCACCCGCCGGCACUCGCAGGCCCCCUUCAAGAAGAUCCGCGGCGCCGUCCAGGCCGUGCUCUUCCACCCCACGAAGCCGCAGUUCUUCGUCGCGACGCAGCAGUACGUACGCCUCUACGACCUCGCGGAGCAGAAGCUCCUCAAGACGCUCAUGCCCGGCAUCCGCUGGAUCUCCGCCAUGGACGUGCACCCCUCGGGCGACCACCUCAUCGUGGGCGGGUACGACCGGAAGCUGUGCUGGUUCGAUUUGGAGCUGAGCGAUAAGCCAUAUAAGGUCUUGAGAUAUCAUACGCGCGCCAUCCGUGCGCUAGCGUUCCACCCUACCUAUCCCCUCUUCGCGUCGUCGUCCGACGAUGGGUCUAUCCAGGUGUUCCACGCGCGCGUGUACAACGACUUGAUGACGGACCCGCUCAUCGUCCCGCUGAAGAUCUUGCGCGGCCACACCGUCUCAGACGGCCUCGGCGUCCUUGCCGUGCGCUGGGUGCCCCGGCAGCCGUGGCUAGUCAGCGCCGGUGCAGAUGGCUCGACCGCGGUGUGGUGCAGCUAGGCAAGCAUCUCUGACUCAAGCGACGGCAUCCCUUGUCCACAUGUGUAGAUGUACAUCAUGGCGUUUGUGCAAAAUCCCAUUCUACCAGCCACAGAGAAAUUUGCGCCACGAAUUUGCGAAAAUCACAGCUAUACGAGCGCAGGAUCGAGUCGAUGCUGCGAAGAUCGGCUCUUGAC